CGGAAGUGGGCGUGGCUCCGGCGAUCACGUGACGGCUCCAUCCGGGCCUUUCGCCCUCUCUCUGCCUCUUGCCAAGAUGGCGGCCUCAGCAGCCAAGAAGAAGAACAAGAAGGGGAAGACCCUGACCCUGACUGAUUUCCUGGCGGAGGAUGGCGGCAGCGGUGCGCCCACCUACAUCCCCAAGCCAGUCAGCUGGGCCGAUGAGACCGAUGACCUGGACGGCGACGUCUCCACCGCUUGGCACAGCAAUGAUGAUGAUGUGUACCGGGCUCCGCUGAUCGACCGCUCGCUGCUGCCCACCGCCCCCCGCGCCGCACGUGAGCCCAACAUCGACCGCAGCCGCCUGCCCAAGUGCCCGCCCUACACGGCCUUCCUGGGCAACCUGCCCUACGACGUCACCGAGGACUCCAUCAAGGACUUCUUCAGGGGCCUCAAUAUCAGUGCCGUGCGCUUGCCGCGGGAGCCCACCAACCCUGAGAGGUUGAAAGGUUUUGGCUACGCUGAGUUUGAAGACAUCGACUCCUUGUUCCAGGCACUGAGCCUCAAUGAGGAGUCUCUAGGAAACAGAAGGAUACGAGUGGAUGUUGCUGACCAAGCUCAGGAUAAAGACCGGGACGAUCGCUGCUUUGGACGGGACCGGGACCGUUUCCGGGACUCAGAGAGGUUUGAGAGCGACUGGCGCGCCCGUCCCGCCGCCUCCGACAGCUUCGAUGAUUUCCCACCCCGCCGCGGGGACGACGCCUUCGGGGACAGGUAUCGGGAUCGCUACGACGAUCGGUAUCGCGAUGGCCCGCGGCGCGACAUGGACCGCGGCUUCGGCGGCAGAGAUCGCUACGAUGACCGCAGCAGAGACUACGACCGGGGCUACAACUCGCGCAUCGGCAGCGGCCGGAGGGCCUUCGGCAGUGGCUACCGCCGCGACGACGAUUUCCGGGGCGGCAGCGACCGCUACGAGGAGCGCUACGAGCGGCGUGACGACCGCAUGGAGCGCUGGGGAGGGAGAGAGGAAUACGGGAGGGAUGAGUUCCGGCGUGAAGAGAGGG